CUCCCACUCUAUCAUUUCUCUACUCAUGGAAAAAAAGCAAAGCUACUUGCCAAUCGAAAAGGCAAACAAGGCAAGAAAUUUACAAGAAAGGAGUUGUUUGUCUGUUUGACUGUUAGAUCGGAAUUGCUCCUUUUUACAGCAACCAAACUCCCUUAUAGAAACAAGAACAUCAAUCGAUGUUAAAGGCUUGGACAUCGAUCUUUGAGAAAUUCCGAAACAAAACAUCACACUCUCCCUUUCAGCUUCUCAAGAGAUGGGAGGCGGAACGACAGAUCUGAAUGAAGAUACAGCAGGUGUUUAUCUCCCCCUUCGGAAUGAUGAUGGCAUUGUUAAUGAUUCGGGUGACAGUCGAUUGAAACAGCUGGGUUACAAGCAAGAACUUAGCCGUACCCUCUCGCUAAUUGCAAAUUUCUCAGUGACCUUCUCCAUUGUGUCAGUCCUCACUGGUCUGACAACGAUGUACAGUUCGGGUCUAACCUAUGGUGGGCCAGUUACGAUGGUAUAUGGGUGGCCGGUAGUGGGUAUGCUGACCCUCACCGUGGGGAUGUCAAUGGCCGAGAUUUGUUCUGCUUAUCCCACUUCUGGAGGGCUUUACUUUUGGAGUGCAAGGCUUUGUGGCAAAGAUUGGGGGCCUCUUGCUUCUUGGCUCACUGGCUGGUUCAACAUUGUUGGUCAGUGGGCUGUUACAACCAGUGUAGAUUUCUCACUUGCACAGCUGAUUCAGGUUAUCAUUCUCCUAAGCACAGGUGGAAAAAAUGGUGGUGGAUAUGAAGCAUCCAAGUAUGUAGUUAUUGCUAUGCAUGGGGGGAUUUUACUACUGCAUGCUGCACUAAAUAGUCUUCCCAUCUCACUCUUAUCUUUCUUCGGACAGCUGGCUGCUGCCUGGAAUCUUGUAGGUGUUGUGGUUCUUACAAUACUCAUUCCCCUUGUUGCAACGGAAAGGGCUAGUGCCAAGUUUGUGUUUACACACUUCAACACUGAUAAUGGGGAUGGAAUCAAUAGUAAAGCUUACAUUUUUGUUCUGGGGCUUUUGAUGAGUCAAUAUACCCUCACUGGGUAUGACGCAUCUGCUCAUAUGACAGAGGAAACUAAGAAUGCUGAUAAGAAUGGACCAAAAGGAAUAAUUAGCGCCAUCGGGAUAUCAGUUAUAUUUGGAUGGUUUUACAUACUUGGUAUCACCUUUGCAGUAACCAACAUCUCUUACCUCUUGAGUGAAGACAAUGAUGCUGGUGGUUAUGCCAUUGCUGAAAUAUUUUACCUAGCUUUUAAGAGAAGAUAUGGCAGUGGGGUUGGUGGAAUUAUCUGUUUGGGAGUGGUUGCUGUUGCCAUAUUCUUCUGUGGAAUGAGUUCCGUUACAAGCAACUCUAGGAUGGCCUAUGCGUUUUCUAGAGAUGGAGCCAUGCCACUCUCAUCACUUUGGCACAAAGUGAACAAUCAGGAGGUCCCCAUAAAUGCUGUUUGGCUCUCUGUGGUCAUAUCAUUCUGCAUGGCAUUGACGGACAUCAUAUCAAAUACAAACUUGGUUCAGGAGAGUAGGCACGGACCUAGUGAAAAGCAUGUCAUUUUUGUGUAUCUUGGAAGUGAGGUGGCAUUUCAGGCCAUGGUUUCUAUUGCUACGAUUGGGCUGUACAUUGCUUACGCCCUACCCAUCUUCUUCAGGGUGACUUUGGCACGCAAGUCUUUUAUCCCGGGACCAUUCAACUUGGGUCGCUAUGGUGUCCUUGUUGGAUGGAUUGCAGUCCUCUGGGUAGCAACUAUCUCAAUCCUCUUCUCAUUGCCUGUAACCUACCCCAUCACUAACGAGACACUCAACUACACUCCUGUUGCUGUUGGUGGCUUGCUAAUUCUUACCAUCUCUUCUUGGAUCUUGAGUGCUCGUCAUUGGUUCAGAGGUCCUGUAACCAAUGUAGAAAGCUAAGUACGAGCAUCAAGGAAAGAAAUUCUAUUGAUUAUAACGAGGAUAUUCAUCCUAUCAUGAAGUAAGAGGCCUUGAUCAGAUGUACAAGGGAAUAAAAUUUUGCCAGUCGACAAUAGAUAAGCAAGGAAGUUGAUGUCGAUUUAGCACAUCCUUUCGAACAUUGUUCAAUCUAGUUAAAACAUGGAUCAAUCUACUUUUCUUAUCAUUGUCUGAUUAAUUUGGCGCACUUGCAGAAGAAAUCAAGAAAUUGUGUCAGAAAAAUAAUAAUAUGUUUGUUAGUUGUCUUCUGCAA